CACUUGGUGGAGAUUGUGAGUAGGCUUUAUCCUACAACUCCAGGCUGCUCACUCGCACUAGAUUCAUUAACGCUGGACGAGACGCGCAGCUGACAUUUAUUCUACUAUUCUCAUUUUCCCAUCCCGACACUAUACGUCAACAAAAUGGGGAAAGGAUGCAUUGCUGCCACCAAGUACUUCCUGUUUCUCUUCAACUUAAUCUUCUUUAUCUUCGGCGCUACAAUUAUGGGAUUUGGACUGUGGAUCCUCCUAGACAAUCAGAGCCUCAUUGCGGUGUUGCAGGAUUCAUCCAUGGUCCUGAAGGUGGUCUCUUAUAUUCUGAUUAGUGUGGGCUCAUUCUCCAUGCUUCUGGGAUUUCUGGGCUGUCUGGGGGCCAUCUAUGAGAUCCGCUGUUUGCUUGGAUUGUACUUCACUUGUCUAUUGCUCAUCCUCCUUGCUCAAGUGGCUGCUGCCAUUCUCAUCUUCUUCCAGCGGGACUGGUUGAGGAAGGAAGCAAACGAAAUUGUGUCCCAAGUCGUGGUGAACUACCCUGGACAGAACAAAACCACAGAGCAGGCCUGGGACUACCUCCAGAGAACAAUGCAGUGUUGUGGCUGGAAUGGACGUGAGGACUGGGAGGCCAACCAUAUGAUAAAGAAUAAUUCGCUGGAUUUGUACCCAUGCUCCUGCCACAAUGCUUCCCUCCCACCACAUAAUAUGGCUGAUAGUGGCUUCUGUCAGGUCACAUCUAAUGAUUGGCCCGUCUAUGACACGGGCUGCCUGGGGAAUGUGGAGAGCUGGCUCUUCACAAAUUAUGGAAUUAUUUUGGGAAUCUGCCUUGGUGUGGCUGUCAUUGAGCUCCUUGGCAUGAUACUUUCUAUGGGCCUUUGCAAGAGUGUACACCAAGAGGACUACACCAAAGUGCCAAAGUACUGAGGAGGAAACACGGACACUUGCACACAAAUGUAUUCAGUCCUUCCUUAUUGACUUGGAACAACAGAUCUUCCUCUUUUUCUACAGUAUAUACAGU